AUGGGCGAUAGUCAAUACUCCUUCUCCCUCACCACCUUCAGUCCGUCAGGGAAGCUGGUGCAGAUCGAGUAUGCGCUUAACGCCGUAGCUGCCGGUGCCACGUCGCUCGGCAUCAAAGCGACCAACGGCGUGGUGAUCGCUACAGAGAAGAAGCUUCCUACAGAGCUCAUAGACGAGACCUCGGUGAAGAAGAUCCAACUGCUGACAGACAACUUAGGAGUCGUCUACAGUGGCAUCGGGCCUGACUCUCGGGUGCUCGUGAGGAAGAGCCGCAAGUCAGCACAGUCCUAUUACAGUGUGUACAAGGAGGGCAUUCCGGUGUCGCAGUUGGUGCGGGAGACAGCGGCGGUCAUGCAGGAGUUCACUCAAUCCGGGGGAGUGAGGCCAUUCGGUGUGUCACUGCUGAUGGCGGGGUAUGACUCACAGGGCCCGCACCUCUACCAGGUGGACCCCUCUGGUUCCUACUUCGCAUGGAAGGCGUCUGCCAUUGGCAAGAACAUGACCAACGCCAAGACGUUCCUCGAGAAGAGGUACACGGAGGACAUGGAGCUAGAGGAUGCAAUUCACACGGCCAUUCUCACUCUUAAAGAAGGGUUUGAGGGGCAAAUUGCAGGCGACAACAUUGAGAUUGGUAUUGUGGGCAGCGACAAGAAGUUCAGAGUGCUAACCCCAGCUGAAGUGAAUGACUAUCUGGCAGAAGUGGAGUGA